AUGGUAAGUAGUCGCAUUCAGCCAUUGAAUAAGCAAAAUAUUGCUGUAGGAAAGUAUGUACUUCUUUUGGCUCGGUGUAUUCGUUCAGAACAAUCACCCUCAUUUUCUUAUGCAUCACAAAAAGGCAAUGAACAUGGAGUACCUGUUAUUGUGACUUACAUCUAUGAGUCGCAUCGACACAAUGUGGCUCAGCGAAAGUUUCUUCUGGAAGGUUUGAAGUGCUUGGAAAGUAAUUUAGCACAUUUGCAUACACCAUUGUUAGUUAUAAAAACAGCGAAUGAUAAGGAAGCUAUGGAAAUUAUUCUUAGAUUAUGUGAUGCUGCUUGUGAAGUAGUCACAGAUGCUGCAUAUUUACGAGAAGAUCGUUGUUUUCAGGAAAAACUCUCUGAUGAGUUAGUUACUAAAUGUCGAAAAAUCACAAAAGUUGAAGGAAAUGUUGCUGUACCUGUAACGGCUUUACUAAAUGGCCCAGCUUACAAUGCACAAUCAAUCCGAAAAGUUGUUUGGCACUUUGUUGACGAUUUACUACUUGAAAAAUGGGAUGAUAUUCCUAAAAUUCAUUGUAAAUCGUUGGAAAGUGUUCUAAAUUGGGAUUUGGAAUGUUUGAAUAUUUCUAAAGAGCUGGAUAAAGCUGCUAAUGAAUGCAAAACGAAUACUAAACUCGAAGGUGGCGAAAUCGCUGCGCGAAGAGUUUUGAAUAAUUUCAUUGUAAAAAAACUAAGUGCAUAUGAAAAGGAAAGAAAUAUACCAAACAGUAAUAAACAGAGCCUCCUCUCACCCUAUCUUCAUUUUGGCAUGAUAAGUCCGAUUGCUAUUAUUGCAGAGGUAAUGAAAUCUUCUGCUCCGAAAUCUGCUAAAGAUGCAUUUUUGGAAGAAUUGGUCGUUCGCCGAGAGUUAUCACAUAAUUUUGUUUAUUACUACAGAGACACUUAUGAUACGUUUGAUUGCUUACCAGACUGGGCAAAAAAAACAAUGGAUGAACAUCAACGUGAUAAGCGAGAGUAUAUUUAUAACUACAAAGAAUUAGAAGAAGGACGUACACAUGAUGUUUUUUGGAAUGCCGCACAAUUUGAACUUGUGUUUGCUCACAAGAUGUCGGGUUAUCUUCGUAUGUAUUGGGCAAAAAAAGUGAUUGAAUGGUCUGCAGAUUACAAGACUGCAUAUUCUUUUCUUAUUGAACAGAAUGAUAAAUAUGAGCUAGAUGGACGAGAUCCUAAUGGUUUUUGUGGUGUAAUGUGGAAUUUCGGCAUGCAUGAUAGGGCUCACGCUGAGAGACCGGUCUUUGGUAAGCUUCGCUACAUGUGUGCAGAUGGAUUGCGAAGAAAAUUUAAAAAGUAUAUUGAUGAAUAUGUUCGAGUCAAUUAUAAACUUGCUGGUCGUAAAUUAGAAAUAGGUGAAUCGCAGCCUAAAAAACGAAAUUCACUAAAAGAUUUCGACUUCAAAGUGAAAAAAGUUCGUAAAUCAUGA